AUGUUGUAUGUGUUUCAUGUUGACGCAGGUCAAAUGACCACAUAUGACAUGAGCCUCACACUGCAAAAUGUUUCGACGUUAAAACUAGCUAUUGAGAGAAAAACCAAAGUGCCAUCAAAUCUUUUGGUGCUUCUUGUGAGUGGAGGUGAAGUCCUACAGUCAGAUCAUAUGGUCUCCUCAUAUAGUGCGGGGACCGACAGCAACCCAAUAUAUAUGUUUAGUAAACCUUGCAUGAAGGAAAGUCAUCUAAAACAAUCUAUGUGCGACUUAAGCCCAAUAGUGGAGUUAAGUACUGGAGAGUUCUCCAGCGAGAGUCGUACUGCAUUUGAUGGUAAAUCUUAUAUGGAGCUGAAGGCUGCAGUAGAGAAGUGUUGCUCACAACAAGCAAAUGUUUAUACUGUGAUAAACUGCGCAACACUAGCACAGCAGUUCAGUGAUCUGGCACUGGAAGUAUCCAGAAGUUGUGAGCUGCUGGUGCAUGAUCAACAUUUGCAGCACCAGGGCUGGGCUGCGGUGGUGGCAAACUUAGAAGAUAUCUUCAACGAGUUCUGUGAGAGGUCAAGAAAUUUUAAAGAUGCGUUCCGAAAACAUAGACUAAAAAAAGAAGACUAUCAUGAAAAAUUGAGUGGCCUGAAUGAAGUUUUAGAAUCUCUAGGCAAAAUACCAAUAUUGCCCGCUCUUCAAUUGAACGCCGAAGCGCAUCGAUUUUCAGCCUUCGAUGUCUUUGAAGACACCGAUUUUGAGGGUCCCCAUUACCGAAUGACGCACCCGCUCGACAACAGUUCUGAGACUAAAGCGUACCAGGACUUUGGAGUUGAAGCGUUCAAAUUAUCUGACGAAGACGUUUUCAAUCAAGACCGAUCUUCGGCCAAUGAAGGGGUAUCCACUUCAGAACCAGUACCUCACAUUGAGGCGUCAGAUGAAGAAAAAUCCUUCAAAGCUCAGUCGUAUGAAGGCAAGGAAGAACCUUCUUUACUACACUGGAUUCUGGCGCAAGGAAAUAAAGCGUCUUUGCAGGAUAUUGUGGAUUAUUGCCAAAAGGGAUUAGCUUUGCUAAACGCCGAGCCUUUGAAAGAGCGCGAGGCGGAAUUGUACCAUAUAUUAGAGUACGCCAACAUGCAUGGUUUGAAGCAGCUAAAAGGAAUUGAGGAACGUUUAUAUGGAUUAGGCCAGCUACUCCACGAAGUGAAGAAACUAGAGCGUGAUCAAAGAGAUCAAGCUGCUUCCCUUAUACAGUACCGCGACCGUCUAAACACAGCAUGCGACCCAUCAGUACUACCCACGUUGGUACAAUCUCACUGGUGCCAGCUCAAGAAACUAUUGAAAGGUUACCAAACCCUGAUCGACAUCCGAAGGCGCAUAGCCAACUCUAAGGAGGAAUUAUGCAAUGUAUUAAAAGCCAGGUUACAAGCGGUGCUAAUGAUCGAGAACAAGAUGUCAGUGCAGGAUGCGCAUGCUAUGUUAUCUUUCCAGUGCUUCAACCGAUUGUCCCGGUACUUUGGCAUCGUUGCGCAGCUACACAAAGCACCGAAUGUGUUCAUACGUGCUGUACAUGAAGUGGCUCGACGGAGAAAGUUCUCGCAAGCCCAUCUUCAGUGGGCAACGGAUUUGUCGGAGAAGUUACAUAAAAUUCAUCAAGAAGAAGUAGAGAGGCGGCAAAACUUUAACACACUGUUCGAAGGCCAUUUUCUAAGAAGUCUGUUUCCGGGAAUGACAGAAUUUCCGCCCGCGUUUGCGACGCAAUCACCUCCGCCAUUCGACGCUAAUUUACCGAAACUGACAGAUUCUGACGUGGAGUUCGUAGCCAAUGCUUUUCCUGAUCUAGCUAAAGAAGUACCUGCCUAUGAUAUGAACGAUACUGUACAGUUUUUCCAGCAAAGAUUACGAGCGUCAGUAAGUCAAAGUAGAGACGCCGAUGUUCAAGUCGACGUUGAAAAAAAUUUCGAGUCAGUGACGGACGCUGGCGACUUUGAUAAAUGCGAGCAGAGUGAGCAGAAACAGAAAGUCGACAUGUCUACGAUUUGUGUACCUGAUACAAUGACCGUGUCAACGGUGACCGAGGAUAAUAUGGAUAGUCAUAAAAUAAACAUGGACAAUCUGCGGGAGUUUUUAAAUAAACUGUACAGUUUAUGUAAAGUAAAUAUUGUUUAUAUUCUGGAGGAAUUAAUUAAGUUGAAAAGUGAAGUCGAUGAGCAGAAGAAAUUUAUUAAUAGUGCGUAUUUAGAUAUAUUGGAGGCUUGGAAUAAAAGCAAUGAUGAGAGCGCACUAAGAUAUCGAGAACAGACCCAGAGAUUAACGGUAGAUCACGAAUUAGAACUAAGUGAUAUGAAGGCAACUCUUAAUGAAAAGGAUAACACAAUCGAAACGCUAAGAGACGAGAUUGAAAAUACAAAAGAAAAGUACAUAAAAGAAGUAGAAAGGGUUGAGAAAGACCAUGAGAGCACUAAGGCGGUAUUGGAAAAUACUCGAGACGAGAUUCAAGAUUUCGGAAAGAAGUUGGAGGAAAUUGAAGCGCAAAAGCAGAAACAGAUAAAGGAAUUGCAAGAAAAAAUGCAUCAAGAUUAUAAAGCUGAAAUAGAAUCCAUGAGAUCCAGGUUCAGAUUAGUAGCGCUGACGAACAUGGACCGUUCUCCAUCGGAGUCAAGUCUUGAGAAAAUCGAACGCACUGACGUCAUAGAGAUUACUAAUCACAAUGCAAUAGUAAUGCAGACGAAAGAGAAUGCCGAGGUGGAGAAAGAAGAGGCGGUAAAAGAAGCAGUGGCCAAGUGUGAGGCGGAAUGGAAGCUCAAACUUCAGACCGAAGUGAAUGCAUUGAAAAAUAAAUACGAGGCAGAUAAGCAGGUACAACUGAACGAUAUGACCCGACGUCUGCUGUCGGAGAAGGAUCGCCAGUUGGACGCGCUGCGGGAGCGCGAGGCGCAACUGACGCGCGAGUGUUUCAAGUAUCGCGAAACUAUACAGCAGCUCACCGACCCAGACACGAACGAUAGCGAACAAAUACUGAACACACAAUUACAGCUGACAACGCUAGAAAAUGAAAGAUCAUUACUUAAACAGCAAGUAGUAGAACUGAAGAAAGAAUUAGAAAAGAAAAACGAAGACACAGAUAAAAGUGAGAAAAGCAAAGAGGAAGACAGUGAUGGCAGGUCAUCUCCUAAGAAGGAAGAGGUCCGCAAAUGUCGGCUUCGUUGUCAUACUCCAUAUGGAUUGUCAACUGGUACACUAUCACUGUCCUCUUGUCUACCUGGACACACUGUACUUGUUAUGUGGGAACCGUCUCAUCACAACUACACUGUACUCCAGGAAGCGUCUGUGAUGUAUUUUGUACACAGCGAUUGCUUGCCAGCGCUUGGGCUAAGCAUAAGCGUUAAGAACGAAAGUGAACGAAAACUUUAUGCUAUUGCGGUCGUCGAGUCAAAAGAGUUCUGUUAUGCAAAGAGGAAUGGUAACCGGUACGGAAUGCCCCAGGCGUCCCGCUUCUAUCGCGUCCGCGUGUGUCCACCCGAGGAGCCGAUGCCAGUACCUCCGUGCUGCGAACACAAACACCGCUCAGAUGUAUCUGCAAUGAAGGGCGGCGUGCUGCCCGUGUUGCGUGACACCCGCCCGCUCAAGAAAUGGUUGACCUACAUGCAUGCUCCAGAUUCGAAAAAGUCGGUAGAUACAAGUCAGUCGACUAGUUCAACAACUGAGCAAAAUGUCCGAGCGCCUGAAGUAGCUACUGCCACCCUUAUAAAUUUGGAGUCACCCACUUCACCAGUUGAAGCUCCCCCGGUUGUAGCUUCUACUUCGCAAUCUGAAGAUCAACUGGAUUCGAUCGAGACUAGCGAACUAUGGCAGCAUACCAGGAUGCACCUUUCUUCAGUUAGUGCAGUCACCGACAUGGAAAGCAGCGUGGGACGAUUUUUGGGAGCGGAACCGCUGGAGCUGACCGUCAGCGCUGUGGCCGUGGUAGCGCGCGGCGACGACUCGGCCGCCUCCGAGAUGGCCGAGGAGGCCUCCCCUUGA